AUGGGGCUGGCUAAGAAUGUUAAUUGGAACUUGCAUGAUUGGGGCACCACCAAAAAUAACUGGGGAUAUGCAACCCGCCCAGAAACUAAAUGUACCAGAAACUCCACAGGCCAAUAUUGUUAUGGAGAGUUAAUGAAGCAGGACACCCCCAAAUGGGAUGGCCUGAUUGAGUGGUUGAAAGCAGAGAUAUCAACCAGCGCCUCCUCGAAGUGGUCGAGAGAUUUCGACCCAGAUGUUGAAACAAACCUGAAGUGGAAUGACAAAUCACCAUUAAACUGGGGUCAAUUGCUCCAUACAAUAAUAAAGCAGAUCCAAACAGAUCUAGUGGCAGAUAAUUCCUCCAAAAGCAAAGCAUUGUUAUGGUCCCGGGGGGACUGGUACACAGUCUUAAACCAAGGCGGUUGUCUAGAUGAUCCCUGGAACAGGAGUGAUGUCGGUCGAGCACUCCUCAUAACAAUAGUUUGCCUUUUCACAGGGAUGACAAGUUCGGCCACCGAAGAGGGCGUAAAGUAUCCGGGGAGGGAUAAGUUAUGUGGUGAUGUCGAUCAGGCUCUAGUGGGGGAUAAACAAACAUGGAAACAGUUGCUGGGGAAUCACGAACAGCUAUCACAAGAGAAAAAAUAUAAUUGUAGGGAACAAGGAAAGUCUAGAGGAUGUGAGAGUGCAAGUAUGAGUUUAGUUUUAACAGUAUAUAGAAGUUUGGCUAGUCUUUGUGAGAACUGUGGGCCCUAUAGCAUAGCUCGAUGGGUUAACACCACUAGCGAGGACCAAGUAAACAAAGGGGAGUGGUAUUGUGAAGUUAGCAACCGUGUAAUACUGUGUGACAAGGCAGCUGCGAAGGAAUGGCGAGUAAAUGAUUUAAGGAUGGGCCCUAUAACCCCAAACCCCAUGAAAGCCCAAGAUAAGGAAGCAAAGGAACAGGAUCCUGGCGACAGAAGAGGUACCCCACUGGCCACAUCAGGUGUACAAUCCUCCACAACCUUUGUCCUGGCAGUCAAGAGUCCUACAACAGGGAGCGGCAACUCAGAGCAGGAUAAGCAACAGACAGGAGAACCCAACGAACAUGACCGUAAUGCCUCCUAUGAGAAGAAUAAGCAUACAUCAAAGUCGUUUAAAGGAGCAGGGGAAACCGGGGAAUCGAGGAUGAUUGAACAAGCCUCCUCCCAAGACCAGCGUGUCCCUACAAGGAGAGGGCCCAGGGAAGGUUCGGAGAUCACCGACUCUGGAAACAGGAGCGAAGAACCAGGGAGUAAUAAUCUAGGCUCGAAUUCAGAAGACUCAACUAAGAAACAGGACCUCUCAAGGCUUCUCACCCCCGAAGAGAGCAACAGUACGAAAGAAAAAGCGGGGGAAGAAAAGGGGGGGAAAGGAUCAAUAUUUCAGUCCUUCCUGUUCCGAAAUAGGGCAGAGUUGAGAUUUAGGUUUCAG